CCAAAGUGAGGGGAACAAGGACUGUUUCUAACAGGAACUCAAUGACUGGCUCUUUGGUCUCCCCACCCCCGAAGGGAGGAGCAGUCCUUUUAGGCCACAGAGGAGGGCUUUGCAGCCAGUCCUGAAGAUACCUGAUAAAACAGGAUCAGAUGAAUGGGGAAGAGGUCGCCCCUAUCAGUGGAAGCCAUGAAUUCUAAGCAGCAGACAGUGAGACUAAGUGAUGGCCACUUCAUCCCUAUUCUGGGCUUUGGUACCUAUGCACCUCAAGAGGUACCGAAGAGAAAGGCUACAGAAGCCACCAAAAUAGCUAUAGAAGCUGGUUUCCGACAUAUUGAUUCUGCUGCUAUGUAUCAAAAUGAAGAGGAAGUAGGACUAGCCAUCCGAAGCAAGAUUGAAGAUGGCACCGUGAAGAGGGAGGAUAUAUUUUACACAACAAAGCUUUGGGUUACUUUUCAUCGUCCAGAACUGGUGCAAGUUUGCUUGGAACAGUCACUGAAGAAACUCCAGUUGGAGUAUGUGGACCUGUACCUCAUACAUUUUCCAACAUCUCUGAUGCCAGGAGAGAAUUAUUUUCCAAGAAAUGAGGAUGGCAAGUUCAUCCUUGACACAGUGGAUUUCUGUGCCACCUGGGAAGCCAUGGAGAAGUGUAAGGAUGCAGGUUUGACCAAGUCCAUCGGGGUGUCCAACUUCAACCGCAGGCAGCUGGAGAAAAUCCUGAACAAGCCUGGGCUCAAGUACAAGCCUGUGUGCAACCAGGUAGAAUGCCAUCCUUAUCUCAACCAGGGAAAACUUCUGGAUUUCUGCAAGUCAAAAGACAUUGUUCUGGUUGCUUACAGUGCUCUGGGAAGCCAUCGUGAAAAACAAUGGGUGGACCAGACCUCCCCCAUUCUUUUGGAUGACCCAGUCCUUGGUUCCAUGGCAAAAAAAUACAAGCGAACUCCAGCCCUGAUUGCCCUUCGCUACCAACUGCAGCGUGGGGUUGUGGUCCUGGCCAAGAGUUUCACUGAACAGAGGAUAAAAGAGAAUAUGCAGGUCUUUGAAUUUCAGUUGACUCCAGAGGACAUGAACGUCCUUGAUGGCCUGAAUAAAAAUAUCCGAUACAUAGCUGCUUCUGACUUUAAAGGCCACCCUGAUUUUCCAUUUGGGGAUGAAUACUAACAUGAAGGCCUGUGUCAUGCCUUGUGUUAGAAGUCACUGCAUAUGAAUGGUAAUGAGCAGGGCUGUUCAAAUGGUGAUGACUCUAUAUGUCACCUUGAGCCAUACUUCUGAACAAUUCUGGCUCUGGGAAUCUGAGUCACAGGCAAGCAAACAAAAGAAGUAAAUAUUUCUUCCUUCUGAUUAGAAAUAAAAGAAUAAUUUUCUUCAGCA